CUUUUGAUUCUUUAAACUCUUUGGUGAAGGGCAUCGACAGAUCAAUGCUGUUUUUCAUCGUCGAUUCUCAUUUUGAUAUUGAAAAGAAAAUCAAGCUGGUCGUCAGGAAAGCCCAAUGUCAUGCAUCACAUGUCCUGAGAGUGAACGGUGACAAAUCAAUAAUUUAUGAAAAAUGCUACUUGAAAUUAGAGAAGACAAUUGACAAUAUAACAUCAUCUUUGAAAGCAAAAACUGCAACAAGACAAAUCAGCGGAUUUGUCAAACAAAUCGAAGAACUUGAAGAGAAACUUUUUGCCAGGAAAUCUCGUGUACACUCAAAACUUACACAAGAGUGUGUGAAAAAGAUUAAAGCUGGAAGAAAAUAUGGAGUCGUUGGAUACAGGCUUUGUGAUGGAACGUUAUACAUUUUCUCUAGUAAUCAGAAUCCAAAUCUUAAAAACAAACUCGUAAAAGCAAUAGGAAUGCACUUUCAGGGAAAGAUAGAAUUUCAGUUGAUAAAAGAAGCAUUAAAUCCGCAGUGUCAGAUCAAAUGUGGGGGUGAAAUUGUUAAUGGAGAAAAAAAGAUUCAAGGGAGUUUAGGAAUGUUUGGAGAAAUUUCAAGUCAACAAAAUCAUGAUGACACAUUUUCAAACGUUGUAGCCAUAACAUCCGGUCAUCUUUUCAAAGAAGGCGACGUUGCUAAAUUCCAACAUCUCCAGGUAUUGAAAACAAUGGGCUGCUGUAUUUGGCCGAAUGAAUGUUUAUAUGAAAGGGGAAGAUCAGUUGACAAUGUGCACGAUAUCUCUGUUAUAUCAAUAAAGAGAUCAGUACUUUCAUUGCUACUAAAAACCAUUGAAGACCUGAAUGAAAGUAUACAUGUUUAUGACCAACCUCUUGCAACACUGUCCGACAGAUUUGUAUUUAAAUAUGGUGCUGCUACUGCAAAAACGGAGGGAUUCGUCGAAAAAGUUAGCGACUUUGAAGUUUUUGGCGGCGAUGUUAUGGUUAUUUUGCCAGAUCGUGCUUUUGAACAAUUUUCCGACAGAGGAGACAGUGGAUCAAUUGUUUUGACCAGAGUUGAAGAAGAUUUGUACGCAGUUGGAAUUGUAUAUGGUGGUGAGUUAACCCUUCGGAACGCAGAAUGCCUAAACGCAAAAAAGGAAACAAUUGCAGCAAGUCUCCAUAUUGCUCUUGAUCGUUUUACCACAAAAACGAGAAAAUUUAUCACAUUUGACAAAAUAUGAAGUGGCAGUAUAACCAUAACUUCAUUUAAUCAGCUAUAUACUUCAUGAACUAUGCAUUAAAAGAAAAAGUACUUAUCCGUAGAAGUGUUAUACGCAAACAAAACAUAGAAUUAGAAGAACAAAGGCAUGCUUUAUAAACUCUUCUAAUAAAACGCAAUGAAUUAUGCCUGAAUUGAAUGGAAGCUCCGAAUAAACAAACCAAAAUCUUAUCUUUUGCAAUUAACAUUGAAAUUACAUUAACUGUACAGAAAAGUAUUUCUUGUGCACAUUUUGUCCGGUGAAGGAACAAAAGGUGUUUAAUAAUCAUAUAGUUGCAUAUAUGACAUUCAAAUUUACUUGGCAAACUUGUUAUAUAUUCUGAUCACCAAUUGUUCGUUGGUCAUCCAUCCGGCUGUCUGUCCGUCCGCCAGUAAUCUAUUAACGUUUUCGAUUUAUUCUCUUUAACAACUACGCCAAUGUUUUAACCAAACUUAGU